UUUUGACCUGUUAGGUCUUUGCAAUGACAAAAACUUUAUUUUCAUUAAUUCGCAAUGGGAAUUAAAGUCUGAUCCUGGACGAAAACUCCUUCUGGACGUGGACGAAAUUGAAGGUCCGAUAACAAUUGGUUCUGGAAUUGUUUGGCCAUCAACGAAUAAAUUCUACAAGAGUGAAGUUCCGCAUAUUUUUUUCACGAUCAAUGGGCAAAAGAUUGGGAAAUAUAUUCCUGUUGACUCUUCCCCGGAUAUGUUCCAUCCAAAAUUUGACUGCCAUGGUGAUGAUGCUGUGGUUAAUGUUAGUCUUGCUGAAGGUUUCCGCUAUGAUGUGGUCAACCAAGACUUUGGAGACGAUGUGUACAAUGAGGAAGACUGGGACAUUUAAGUGA